AUGUAUCUUCCUUACCCUAGUUUCAAUAAUUCAAAUAAUACUAAUACGAGUAAUAUUAAUAAUACCAAUAGUACUAAUAGCAGCGCUAAUAUCAAUAUCAAUAUUUCCGAGAGACUGAAAAUACCGACAGAUCCAUUCACACUGGGGAGACCACUUGUGUAUCCUCAUUCUAAUGGACAUAUGAUUACAUCUCCUGCGGAAUCACCAAUGCCAUCCAUCGGACAUGGUAUGCAUAUUCCUCCGUUGGGUUUACCGCCACAGGCGUUGCAACCAAAAACACAUAAUGGCCAGCAGUUUUUUCAAGAACAACUCCAUAGCUUGCAGCAGCAGCAACAACAUCAACAACAGCAUCAUCAACAGCAUAUCCAACAUCCCCAGCAUCUUCCGCCCCGUCGGCGUCAGCAUCAACUUCACAACCCUACUUUAGUAGAGCAUCCCGUGAAUCACCACCAGUUGAAUGGUACUAAUAAUGGUCAGCCACUACAAAUCAUGCACGAUUCUAAAAAGAAAAGAGGUCGUCCAAAGAAAUUAAUUCUUGAUCCUCUUACAAACCAGUACAUUGACUCAACACAUCCUAAUUUCAAACAACUAAAUAAAUUGGUCAAGACAUCAUCUACAGUAGCAUCCACUCCACCUCAUAUUUCACUGACAGCAUUGCCAUCUGAUUCCGAUGGUGGAAUAACGAAAUUAUACGAUCAGCCGACUUAUAUGCGUACCUUGGAAGAUGAGGCCGUGCAACAGCUUCUUCAGAAAAAAGAUAGAAGAGGUAGACCCCGUAAAUUUCCAAUUGAACAAACAGGUUUGACUAUUAAAGGUAUAAGGGUAAAUGGAACAGUUAAGCAACGAAAGAAAAAAGAAGCAGAAUUAUUCCAUUCUGACGGCCAGCGGAUUGCUAAAAGGGAAAGAGGAAGACCAAGAAAAACUCUGCUUUCAUCAGCAUCUCCUGGUUCGGAUUCAGGCUCGUCUAUACUGAGUUCCGCGUCUGUGCCAUAUUUACCUCCUCCCCAUUUAGAAGGAAGAGAUUAUAGACCUCAGAUUACCUUCCAUCAUUCACAACUUCAUCAACAUCAAGAUGAUAAUACUCAAUUUAAUGGCUCAUCAUUAGCCAAUAAUAAUAACAUAUAUUCGAUGAGUAGAGAUCCUAAUUUAUCAUAA